ACAGGACGGAGGUGUGGAAUUGUAAACAGUUUUUCUUUUUACCGGCAUUUCCUAUUUCUUAGAGCGAACACGAUCCUCUUGGACGCCGUUGAGAAUGUUGAUUGGAAAGUCGUUCGUUUGUUAUAGUAAGAUAGACAAAGAUCCUGUCUCCGUGUUAUUGGAAUUCAAAGGGAGACCUGAUACACUACUCUUUGAGAGUGGGGCAAUCGCUGAGCUGUCACAAUGGGAAACAGAGAGUAUCAAGAAAGGAUAUUCAAAGGUUUUUGAUGCUUAUGGCUGUCUGGGAGUACUCAAAAUUAAUCUGGGUGAACAGGAGAUAAGUUUGUUUCUUGUUCUUGUUACUGGCUGUACAUCAGUAGGAAAGAUAAAUGACAAUGAAAUAUUUCGUAUCAAUGCCACUCAGUUGGUUCCAUUGCAAGAUGGUCAAGAUGAGGAGAUUCUUACUGAACUACGCAAGUUUUUAAACUCUGGAACAUUUUAUUUCUCUGUUUGUUCUGGAGAUCAGCAACCAUUGGAUUUGACAUUGUGUGCACAGAGAAGAUAUGAGAGCUGUGAACCUGAUAACAGGUUUUUCUGGAAUCGCUGCUUACACAUUCACCUACAGAGGUUUGGAAUUGACUGUUCACAAUGGCUGCUACGGGUUAUGUGUGGUGCAGUGGAAAUAAGAACUGUGUAUGCUGGAAAAACUCAAGCUAAAGCUUGUAUCAUGUCUAGACUGAGUUCUGAGAGGGCAGGAACAAGGUUUUAUGUCAGAGGCACAAAUGAUGAUGGGCAUGUGGCAAAUUUUGUAGAAACUGAACAGUUUAUUGUGCUUGAGGACAUGACAACAUCUUUUGUCCAAACUCGAGGUUCAGUACCAGUCUUUUGGGAGCAGCCUGGUUUGCAGGUUGGUUCUCACAAAGUCAAACUUUCCAGAGGGUUUGAAGCAUCUUCACCUGCUUUUGACAGACAUUUGACAAGCCUGAAGAAUCUUUAUGGUCAACAGUUACUUGUGAACUUGCUUGGUACAAAAGAAGGUGAAAACACACUUAGCAGUGCAUAUCAGGAUCAGUUGAAAGACUCAAUUCAUGGCCGGGAGACUCGCAUGAUUUGCUUUGACUAUCAUCAAAACUGCCGAGGUGGGAAGCUGGACAAGCUAUCGGCGCUGAAGGAAAAGGCGCGACCUUCUCUUGACGAGUUUGGCUUGUUCUUUGCUAGAGGAGAUCACAUUAAAAAGAAACAAAAAGGAGCUGUUCGUACAAACUGUAUCGAUUGCAUAGAUCGUACCAACAGUGUGCAGAGUUAUUUGGGACUUGAGAUGUUAUCGCAGCAGUUAGAAUUCCUUGGUUUAACAAGCAAACAAGGAAUGCUGUCCAGAUUUCAGGAGGCUUUCCGUACCAUGUGGGCACAAAAUGGCGAUCAUAUCAGCCGCAUCUAUCUUGGCACAGGGGCCUUAGAUGGCAAAGCCAAGGUGAUCAACAAGCUACGAGAUGGUGCACGCUCAGUCCACAGAACCAUCGUCAACAAUUUCUUGGAUGGAAGCAAACAAGAGGCCAUUGACAUGUUGUUGCUAGGCAACACAUUUGUUGGAGAGUUGGGUGAAAGGGCACGUGCGUUGCUGUAUGCUUCGUUUCUUCACUCAUCACCCAUGAUCCUACGGGAGCUGUGCGAUCGCCAUCUUGAAUACACCACGUGGUCCAAUAUACGGGUCUGUGUCGGCACAUGGAAUGUAAACGGAGGGAAACACUUUCGGAGUAUCGCUCACAAACACCAAACAAUGCAUGAUUGGCUGCUAGAUUUUCACGAAACACUUCCGGACAGCGGUUAUUCAGAAAGUGGUGAUGUCAAUUUUAAAGUACCCACAGAUGUUUUUGCUAUAGGCUUUGAGGAGCUGGUUGACUUGAAUGCAUCAAAUAUUGUUUCAACCAGUUCAAAUCAGCGUAAGGAAUGGGGCGAGGAGCUGCGCCGUAUCGUAUCACGUGAUCAUGCGUAUGUUCUGGUGACAUGUGAGCAGCUGGUUGGUGUUUGUAUGUUUGUGUUUAUUCGGCCUCAUCUGGUCCCAUUCAUCAGAGAUGUGGCUGUCCAUUCUGUGAAAACAGGCCUCGGGGGAAGUGCUGGGAACAAGGGAGGCGUGGCCAUCCGUCUGUUACUUCACGCCACUUCCAUCUGUUUUAUUUGCUCACAUCUGGCUGCCGGUCAGUCGGGUGUGAACGAUAGGAACAGUGACUAUCACGAUAUUACAUCAAGGAUAGCUUUUCCCAUGGGUCGCAGCUUGACCUCACAUGACUAUGUAUUCUGGUGUGGAGAUUUCAACUAUCGCAUUGAUCUGCCAAUAGACGAAGUGAAAGAACUGAUUAAAAACAAACAAUGGGAAGAACUUUUAAAGGAAGAUCAACUUAUCAAACAAAGGAAUGAACACAAGGUCUUCUGCGCCUUUCAUGAAGGAAAAAUUGCGUUUGCUCCAACUUACAAGUACGACUUAUUUUCUGACGACUACGAUACAAGCGAGAAGAUGCGUAUUCCUGCCUGGACCGACCGCGUACUUUGGAGACGGAGAAAGCCUCGGUACAAGUCAACCACAUUAGUACGUAAACAUGUGUCUGCGCAGCAGAAUCAAUUGGAACAGGGGUAUGAAUCACUCCUGAUGGGAGGGGGGGACGGGGAAGAUGAUAAUAGCAACGAUGAGGAUGAGGCAGACAAAGGAGACGAGAAAGGCGAAAUUAAGCAUCAGGAUGAAAAUGAAGACAAGAAAGGCGAUAAGGCACAUGAAGGGGGAGGAAUUAAUUUCUCUGCGGGAAAAGUUUUAUACUACGGCCGGGCUGAGUUGAAAACCUCAGAUCACAGGCCAGUUGUUGCCCUCGUAGAGAUUGAGAUACAGCAGGUUGAUUGGAAGAAACAGUGUGACGUACAUGACCAUGUCAUGAGAGCAAUGGGUCCUGCUGACCCUACUAUUGUGGUUACGAGUGGCGAAGCAGCUGAAGAGGAUGCUGGGAUUGAUGUGUCGGAGCUUCUUGAUGCUGUGGAGCCUUAUGGGACGGUUGUAUUAGUGAGGGUGGUCGAUGACGAAAUCUUUUUGACUAUGGAUGAUGGGCGGAACGCUUUGAAAGCUUUGGAGCUUGACGGAAAAGAGAUAUCUGGUAAAACAGUGCAAGUUUGUCUUAAAUCUGAAUCGCUCUUAUCCAAAACGGACCUUACAGUUCAAAACCUUGUCUCCCACGAGUCCUCAUUCAGUGGUAACUCUGAAGAUUACAGAAAUUUUACGUUAAAUCCUGUCAGAGGUCGGGCGCUGUCAGAUCUGUUGUCGUCCUCCUCAGAAAAGCAGUCAGUGGACUUACCUGUCCUGGAACCAAUCAGGAUUCAUUCAACAGAAGCUUUGGAUGAUGAAAAUUCCGAGAGUGAACCGGAAGACGAAGGAAAUUAUGCGGUAAAUUAUGAUAGUGACGAUGAUAGCGAACCCGAAGCAGACCGUGAAAUGAAGAAGACCGGCAACGAAGGCUGUGACGAAGGCCCUAAACGUGACGACAAUCAAAAGCCUGGACCUAAACGGCCACCACCACCUAGGCCAGUGCCUGCGAGACCCAAACCUCCAGUAAAAGCCUUAGCUCAGGUCAACAAAGUCGAGGAGAUCCUUGUAGCUUCUGCACCUGUUGACGCCGGCCAAUCUGUGGCAGGUGGGGCCCUUGAUGAUUUUGAUCCCUUGGUGAAGGAAUCUUUAAAACCUUCAAAACCCAGCAGACCUGCGCCGCCAAAACGACCAGCCCCUCCGAAAAGGGCCGUUGGUGGCCCUAAAGCGCCUCUCUCUGAGGCCCAUCCGGAGGGUCCUAAACCCAAGCCUAAGCCUAAAGUGGACGUCAUUCAUGCAACCGCCAAGAAAGGCAAACAGGGUCCUGGUAUUGGUGUUCCAUUUAAUGUUCAACAUGUGGCUCACAUUGGCGCUGAUAACGUGCAGGCUUUGUUGCUUGCAGCCAAAGAUGAUCCUAAACUACUGCCAUCAUUUUUGCUGCCUGAUGGUGUUACCAGUGAAAAAGAGGAUGAUGGAAAACGCGAAAAUGGUCAACCUUCAACACAGCAGACGUCACAUGACGAAGAUAAAAGUUCAGAUUCGGUUCUCCCUGGUUCAAACACACAUCGUACUACGGCUGAUAACGAAGAUGAGCUAAUUAAAAGGGCUUCAUCUCUUUCCAAACCAACUCCUAUGCCCAGGCCCCGUUCAAUUGUAUUUGAAAAAGACCCUAAAAAUGAUAUCAGAGUCGAAGAGACAGCAGUGAAACCGGUAGCACCUCCGCGGACAAAAACCAAGUCGUCAGGAGUGGCAGUCACUGAAAGUAAUCAACCGGCCAUGAAAGUACCUAAACCGGAACCUCCUCAGAGACGGGACCUUAUCCCUUCUCCACCUUUGAAACCCAAACGUAAACCGGUCUUCAGUGAACUUCCAAAUGAACAGAAAAAUUAUCUUUCAGUCUCUGACAGCAACUCAUCUAAAAUGACUUAUAUGUCCAGCGAAAACAUUAGUUUUACUGUGCCAGACUUCCAAGUAGGUGUGUCUGGGGAAGACUCUUCUGAAGAACCUUUCUUGAAGGUUGACGCCAAGGGAGCUCCACCUCCGAUCCCCCGCAGAGUUGAUUUGGAAUAGGUUUUUUAACUGCAAUGUGCAGUACCUCUUAUGGAAUCAAUGAACAUAUUUUUGUUGUUGUUUUAUUUUGAAGAAGUUAAGGGAACUCGAGAGGGAGCUAAAGGGGAUAUGGUAGUAAUCCGAGAAAAAUGAAAAAUUUUGGGGUACGAUUUAGCAUGAAAAUGAUGACCUUCCCUCUCUUUGGAUAUCAACAACGUAAAGAUGAGGCUAAGAGUUGAACCACUACUUUAGACAAAAGUACUUUCUUCCAACCUCAACUCUAAAUACUUCUUUCACGUAUGCGCUCUCAAACACGAAGCGCUUGUAACAAUAAUGCAUCGGUCAGUUCGGAGCUUCAACAUCCCCCCCAGACAUUUGAACUUUUUAAGUUUGGUUUGGUCAAAUUCCCGCGCCCCUUCCCUCCGGAGAAGGAAUUGUGUUCAAAUGCCCCACCCAAUUUUUUCUAAAAGGCAAAAUCAGCGACCGUGGCUUUCUAACCAUAGACCAAUCUUUAAAACCUGGAUUGUGGAGAUCUUUUCCUCAGAACCAUAUUUUUGAACUAUUCACCUUUAUCACCUCCAUAUCUCCAUAUUUAAAGAUAUACUACUCGAAUUCCGCUGGAAUUACUUGACACUUUUGGUUCAAAUUCCCUACCCCUGCCAGGCAAGUUUCAAAUUCACCACCCUUGGGCACGGGGGGGCGAGAAAGGUCAAGCCAAGAUUGACUGGCGCAUAAUGAGCUUAAGCAUAAUAUGUACUUUUAAAACAGACGAAGAAGGUUAAUUAAAGAACGUGCGAGUGACAAAUAACGGUUGCGCUUGCCAGGCAAGUGGUUUUUGUUGACUUGACUCCCAUUCCCACGGUUUUUCGCGUGCCCGCUUCUAUCACCCGUUUCAACUCGCCGAGAAUCUGGAACAAGCUAGAAUUAAACUGACAGAAUAAAACUGACAGAAUAAUGUCUUCUUCUUAGCGCUCGUCUCGAACUUUUCGUUUCUUCGAAAGUAAGGCUGUGUUCCUAGGCGGGGUUUUGUCAGCGUUUCGUUUUUGUAUUUCUUAGCUCGCGAUGUCAUUAAAGUUUGCUUCUCUAUUUGGGACCUUUAGGCACACCAAUAUUUUCUGUUGAAACCAAAGAGACACAGCCUUCCCAAGUUGUAAAUUCCACUUUAUUACAUAGAUGAUAGUAUUUAAGAGUCUCCUAAAUCAAUUUUACUCUUUAGUCAAACUCAAAGUGUCAAAAAGAAAGCAUGGUCCUAAAAAGUUAACAUAAACAACAUAGCUUAUCAGCGCUGAGCAAAUGGGUUGAGUGGAUUGGCAGAUGGAAUGUUCCUCGGAGGAGGUGGGGCUAAACCUGGUGGCACACCUGGCUGAUUGACACUUCUCUUCUGCUGUUGCUGUUGAAUUUGAAUGGGAGUCAACCGGAAAUGAAACUGAAGGAAAAACUGUAAGAAACGAGAACAGAGUGUUAACUUUAAUGUUAAACCAUACAGGAAACCCUAAAAUGAAAACCUCUUGGCUACAAAAUUCCUAGGUUUAAUGUACAAUAGAGUUCAUUGAUAAUAUUUUUUUUUGCAGGACCAAACUUGUUGUUAACUUAAAAUGGAAACAAACCCCAAUGAAUGGAAGAUGGGUCUCAUGAACCAGACAACACAAGUUACUUAGCUUUCUUAGAUUUACUUUUCACCCUCAUUUGCCAUCAGCCAUGUGGAAGGGCUAAACUUCCACUAAUCUAACCUAACUUUAAUAUCUUUACAGUAAAUUGAGUUUCAAACUUAAGGCAGUGAAGUCCAG